AUGGCCGAUGCCAGGGAAAACAUUAUAAGUGUUUUAAACGCCAACAACGUGGAUUUUCCUCCGACCGCCACAACUAUGCAACUCCGCCGUCUGGUACAAAACAUAAUUGGUGGCGAACAGGAAAUUAAUAUUCAGACGAAUAUUACAACCACUAAUAAUGACGAUUCUGCCGAAAUUAUAAAUGAUUUGAUUUCUGCCGCUGCCGGCGUCGUGAUUGCUACUGAUAUCACUGCUGUUUGCUCUGCCGCUCCUACUGUCGGCAUCGUGACUACUAUUAAUACCACUGCCGCUCCCACUGCCGGCAUCAUGUCUACUAUUAAUACCACUGCCGCUCCCACUGCCGGCAUCAUGUCUACUAUUAAUACCACUGCCGCUCCUACCGCCAUUUCUACUGCCGCUCCUACCGCUGUUUCUACUGCCGCUCUUACCGCCGUUUCUGCCCACAGCACUGCCGUUCCUGCUGCUCUUACUGUCACCACUGCUGGCUUACUGAAUGAGUUGGGUAUCGCUCAAGGCACCGAUGUUGCCUCUAACCUGUAUACUGCCGCCGCUUCGAAUGCUACUACUGCCGUUGACGCUGCUACGGUAAAUGUUACUGACGUCAAUACAGUCAACUCUGCAACCUCCACUUCCGGCUCUGCCGCAACUAGAACAAUCGCCACUGGAGCUGUGCCCAAAACAAAUACUUCAAGUUUGGAUGAUGAACUGAUGGAAUUACGCAAACGUCUUGAGGUAAUAAAAUUGAUAAAAGAGAUAGACGACAUGAAGGCUGGCACCGUUCUACAACAACAGCGUAGAGUAAUUUCGCAGACGUGA